ACCUCUGAACCAUUUCACCAACCCAAACAACUACCAUAACGUCAUCGCACUCGUUUGAGCCUCUCGAGACAUUGCGCAAUUACUGCAAAUACAUCCGGCCGCCUCUAUUUGUCCCUGUAUUCCAUCCGAAACCACGUCAGGCCCAAGGAACAACGGACGCAGACACCACUUCGUUUCUCCGCCGCUCCCCUCCACAGAGUCCACGAUACAGCGCGGAUCUCGACUGUAUAUAAGGCGAUAAUACACACACAAUGGCAGCAUCAGCCCUCAAAGAAGAGCGACAGCUCGCCAUAAAUCCGAUUGUGGGAACGAGCGUCCAGCACAACACCCAGGUCGUAUCCAACAUCCGCAGUCUCACCGCAUCGCUCUUCGGCGUCGCCGCCGGCACACUAGGCCUCGAAUCAUACACAGGCUUCAUAUUCUACCUAUUGGCAUCACUGAUAGUGUCGGUCAUGAUCUUUGCGCUCAAGACGGAGGGAAAGCCCGGUAAAUACUUUUAUAAGCCACUAGGUGAUUUGUGGUUGGGAGAUGUGUUCGGUGGGUUGAGUGGGUUUGUGUUGACGUGGACGUUGUUUUAUGGGUUGGUGAGGGCGUGAGGGGGUGUUGGGCGACGGGAUAUAGGCGAACUGAUGGAGAGGGGAUACAUGCUUGCUGGGAUGCACUAGGAUAUGUUGCAGUCUAUGGAGUCUGGUUGGCUCCCGAGGCUUCUCAAUGCAACCCCGGGCACAGCCAGGGUGAGCUUGGAAAGUCACUCUGUGGAAGAGGGCAAAGUAGUUGAUGAGAAGUGGGAGGCUGCACUACACCUGUCAGAAAGCCAGCAGUGGACAUUUAGCGUCAGGCGCUUGGAGGCAUCUACGUAUAUUCCAUAUUGCCUCAUUGUUAUACCCACUGUAACGACAUGUUAAAUGCAAACUUCGAUAUCCAU